AUGGAGGCUGGUUCAAGUAAGGUUCACAAGAGUACUCAAAUGGCAAGUGUAAUUGAAGAAGACACGAUCAACAGCAAGCUACCUGAAUCACUUAUAAAUCGCGUUCUGUCUUUCCUCCCUACAAAAGAUGUUGUUCGGACUUGUGUGUUGUCCAAGAGAUGGAUGAAUCGAUGGACAUCAUCCAUCACCAAGCUCGACUUAGAUGAUAUUGAUUUAUCAUACAAUUAUAAUCCAUUGUGUUCUUAUUGCGAAGAAAUUUGCACUGAUUAUUGCUAUGACUAUGAUAAGUAUAAAUUGACUGUAUGUCCAAGGUGUCAUGUUUGCGGAAAUCAUAAAGCCAAUUUGCGCGAUGCAGAAGUAUAUGAAAGGCGUGUGGAGAUAGAUUUUGAGAGCGGGAUGAAAAUAGAAUCAGGUAAAAAGGAGCAGCAGUUUGUAAAUUUUGUUGGCAGAGCACUUCUCCUUACUUCAAUCUCAAGCAUGGAGUUGGAAAGAUUUUCUUUACUGAUCAAUAACAAGCGUGAUAUAUCCCUUCAAAAUACUUGGAUCUCUAGCAUCUUGAAUCGGAGAGUAAAAAUUCUUCGGAUCCAUUCAUCUUUUUAUCAGCUCCCCUUUUCUGCUCUUACAUCUCAUUAUCUUUUCAACUGCACCUCCUUAGAAGAAUUAGAAUUGGUACUCCAUGUGUCCUCCACCAUAAAAUUUCCCAGCAUUUCUGUUCAUUUUGGACACCUAAAACUCCUCAAGUUGUAUGGGAUCUUUUUUAAGAUUGAUACCUCUAGCGACUGUUUGACCCUUAAUUUACCACUUCUUAGAAAGUUUGAUAUCAAAAACUGCAAUUGGUCGGGUGGAAAAGAUCUUAUUGUAGAAGCUCCUCUACUUGAAAUUGUUUCCAUAGAACAAGACAUUGAAUUUUAUAAUGCGGCAUCCCAUGACCUACAUAGCCAAUCCAUCAAAUUCAAUGCUUUGCAUCUCAAGCAAUUCACUUACUCUGGGUAUGGUACAGCACAACUAAUUCAUUUGUUCGAUCAUGGUUUCCUGUCUUUUGAUUCAGCUGAAAUCAUUUGUAAGCCAAGUUUUCCUGAAACAGAACGCAUUCCUUUUCUCGUUCACCUUUUAAAGCAAUUUCAUCGCGUGAAAUCUAUCAAAAUUGAGGGGUUGGACUUGAAUAUUGAGGUACUGAAAAAAGCUAAUGUACCUGUAUUUUCCUUGUUGAGCAAUUUGGAGCUUGGCUUAGUUACUGUUGAAGUUCUUAUAACCUUACUUCAAAACUCGCCGAUUCUCAAGACGCUAGUUCUCAAGGGAAUACAUAGUUUUGCCGAAGAGUUUCUCAAUUCUGCUGUUUUGCCACAUUGUGUGGUCUCUUCUCUCCAAGUUGUGAAAUUUGAAAAAGUAAAUGGAGCCAAGCAUGAAAUGUUCUUAGCCAAAUUUUUUAUGGAAAAUGGUAUGAUGCUGGAAGAGUUGGGUUUCACCAUUGCUAGUCAAAGGCCAGACAUAUCUAAGGUUGUAGAAGAAUUUAAGGAAAUGGUGUAUCCCUUUAAGACAAGUCAUGCUAAUACUGAUUUCACUACUCAACUUGAUCUUAAACUUGCUGGAAAUAAUUAG